AUUUUCGUUCGUGUGUCAAACUUAGUUUACAUACGGCAUACAGCAGUGAGUCGAAAACACAGACUGCACGUUUUGAAUUUUGCUAGAAGUUUAUCAGCACACUGCACACACAAUCGGUUAGUUGGGUUGUAUUUUUUUGGACAUAAACAGGCGUAAAGUAUUGAGAAAAAAACACAAUAACCGGCUAUAAAAGAGAUUAAGAACAAAGCAAAUUUGAAUGGACGUAAUUUUGGUACCCAUAUAAUUGGUCGCCAUUUGAAAUCGGCUGUAUUGCUGUGGUAUUAAGAUAUAUCAGACAAAAAAAAAUUUCGUUCAAGUAAACUAAAAAUAGCACCACAAUGACUGCAUUUCUCAAUCAUUCUUCUGAUUACAAGAAAGACUUGACCGCAUCGGUAUCAUCGAUGUCUGGGCCACGGAAGGCGAUAGAUUACAAGCGAAAAAAUAGUGCUGGCCUGGCACCUCGCUUCAUAUUCGAGUGUGCGAUUAAAUUAAACAUGAAGCCAUUAACAUCUGCAACCGCUGCAAUUAUAUUUCAUCGCUUCUUCCGCGAAGUUGAAACCGAAACUUACGACGAAUAUUUAAUAGCAUCAGCUGCUCUAUACUUGGCUGGAAAAUUGAAAGAUGAUAUGAUAAAAAUUCGCGAUGUCAUUAAUGUUACACACAAUACACUCAAUCGAGGCGCACUACCUCUCGAAUUAAAUGACGAAUAUUGGGCUAUACGUGAUGCCAUUGUUCAAGCAGAACUACUAAUAACGCGAAUGCUAAAAUUUGAUUUGAAUAUCGUGCAUCCACAUAAAUAUAUGUUGCAUUACAUCAAAUCAUUACAAGACUGGUUUAGUUCCAGUGUGUGGAAUGCAUUGCCCAUCGCAAAAACGGCUGCCGCUUGUUUACAAGAUUUCCACCACAGUCCAGCCAUUCUGGACUACAAGCCAUCACAUUUGGCCGUUUGCUGUUUAUCGGUCGCUUUCGAAACAUAUGGCGUACAAGUCCCACUCACCGACGAUAUUGAUGAAUCGACCAUUUGGUACAAUAUUUUUUGUAAAGACUUGACUAAUGAAAAACACUGGGAGAUCAUGUCAAAAAUUAUUGAUGUAUAUAACAACGAAACCGACCUCGACGAAUCAAUUUAAAAGAAAAAAGAAAGAAAAUAUUGUGAAUAGAAUAUGCAAUUUUAGAUAUAUCACACAGAUAGGAAAAUUAUUUUGGAUUUUGUCCAUCAAUUCAUCUUUCAUAUAUUAUUUUUUUUUAAUCGAAAAAAUACCAUUUAUUCAUUUGAAUACAAAUACUUCCAGGGAAAUCCAUUUUUGGUUUACUUCAUCAUAUAUUAAUUUGUCAUACAAUUUAAUUUGCAUGGCUUUUAACUCUUUUUGUUCGACAAAUGGUUUGCACUAAAAUAAAUUGAAUGUGAUAUGAAAAUGAGAAAUUGUCGAAUUAUUCACGACAAUAUAUGAAAUAGAAGAGAAAAGAUAAAUAAACAAACACGAUCACUGAACUGGUGAGAAUAUUAAAA